AGCCGGGGUUCCUCUUGGUCCUGAGAGCUGAGCGCCGAGCGUGGCCGUGGAGCCGACACAGGGCCUUCCAGUCUCUGCCGCCCCUAGUGCCUCGUUCUCCACUCGGGCGCUUGUGCCACCUCGCCUGGGCCUGUUGUCAGGGUGGUUCAGUUCGGCCCCUCUUCUUAAGAUUAGGUCAUUUCCAGGAGUCUUCUGUAAACGGCUUGGCGAUCAGGACCCUGCGAGACUCAUCUCCGCUCCUGGUGCCCAGUGGAGUGAGGAGGAGCUCCGGGCCUGGGUCACAGCGCGCCGAGGAAGGCAGCAUGAUGGACACGCACAGGGCUGCAACAGCUUCCUUCCUGGCACUGGCCUGCGCACAUUCUGCUGUGGAUGGAGGGGCUGCGAGCACAGGGCUGGCUCUGAAGCAGAAAGCUGCAGAAGACAGAGAAUCCCGGGGGGAGUCUCUGCAGGCGCUGGGAUGGCCCAGCCCCUGUGAGAAGGAGGAUGUUGUGGAGGGGCCCGGGGCCUCCCCUGGUGGGCCAGGCACCCAUGAGAAACCUGGUAGGCAGAGCGGCCAGGGGAGCUGUGUGUCCCGGCCUCCAAGCUCCAGGACACCACGAGGAGCGCCCUGGAAGGGGCGGCCUUAUCCGUGCAGCAUCUGUGAUCGGACCUUCGCGUGCUACUCGGAUGUGGUGAAGCACCAGAGCAUCCACGGGGGCGAGAAGCCGUACGCGUGCAGCGACUGCGGGAAGGCUUUCAUCCACAGCUCGCACGUCGUCCGGCACCAGCGGGUCCACAACGGGGAGCGGCCCUACGCCUGCAAGGAGUGCGGGAAGACCUUCAGCCAGAGCUUCAACCUCAUCCGCCACCAGAGGAUCCACACGGGAGAAAAGCCAUACGAGUGUGCCGAGUGCGGCAAGGCCUUCAGCCAGCGGUCGGACGCUGCCAAGCACCAGCGCAUCCACACUGGUGAGAGACUGUACGAGUGCCGCGAGUGUGGGAGAAGCUUCAUCCACAGCUCUAACGUUGUACGGCACCAGAGGAUCCAUCACGGGGAGAACCCCUAUGCGUGUGAGGAGUGCGGGAAGGCCUUUAGCCAGAGCUCCAACCUCAUCCAGCACCAGCGCGUGCACAGCGGGGAGAAGCCCUACGCCUGCCGCGAGUGCGGCCGCGCCUUCAGCCGCAGCUCUUUCCUGCGGGAGCACCGGCGCAUCCACACCGGGGAGAAGCCCUACGAGUGCGCGGAGUGUGGCCGCGCCUUCAGCCGCAGCUCUUUCCUGCGGGAGCACCGGCGCAUCCACACCGGGGAGAAGCCCUACGAGUGCGCGGAGUGUGGCCGCGCCUUCCGCGCCCUCUCGGGCUUCUUCCGCCACCAGCGCGUCCACACGGGCGAGAAGCCUUUUCACUGCACUGAGUGUGGGAAGGCUUUCCGCCUGAGUUUCCACCUGAUCCAGCACCAGCGGGUGCACAGCCUGGAAUGAGCCAUCACGGGGUGA